UGUCCCGCGGAGAGCCGCUUACCCGUUCGCCCCGCGGAACAUUCCAGGCACCCCGCUUCCGGCUCCCCGUCCCGGACGAUGCGCGGCCCCGGCCUCGGCCUCGGGCUCUGGCUGCCCGGCGCGCUCUGGCUGCAGGUGAUAACUUCCGGCCCCUCCUUGCCCCACGUGGAUCGGUUUCAGGUGGUAUGGCCCUGGCGCCUGCCAACACCCCGUGCCCGCCGGGCCCUGUCCUCCCGCUGGAGCCUGUACCCGGAGAGCGUGAGCUACGUCCUCGGGGCCGGAGGGCACAACUUCACUCUGCACCUACGGAAGAACAGAAAUCUGCUGGGCUCGGGCUACACAGAGACCUACACAGCCGCCAAUGGCUCCGAGGUGGUGGAGCAGCCACGAGGGCAGGAUCACUGCCUCUACCAGGGACACGUGGAGGGGCACCAGGGCUCAGCCGCCAGCAUCAGCACCUGUGAGGGCCUCAGGGGCUUUUUCCGAGCAGGCUCGGCCGUCCACCUGAUCGAGCCCCUGGACAGUGCUGAGGAGGGCCGGCACGCCCUAUACCAGGCACAGCACCUGCAGCAGAAACGCGGCACCUGUGGAGUGAGCAAUGCAAGCCUGGAGCACAUCCUGGGGCCCCGGAUCGCAGCAGCCUUCCGGCCCCGGGAUCGGCCUCUGUCCCAAGAACCCCGGCACGUGGAGCUGUACGUGGUCACAGACAGCACUGAGUUCCAGCAGUUCGGGAGCCAAGAGGCUCUGCGCAGGCGGGUGCUGGAGGUGGUGAACCACGUGGACAAGCUGUACCAGGAACUCGGCCUCCGAGUGGCCCUAGUGGGCCUGGAGAUGUGGAGCAGAGAUAAGAUCAGCGUCAGCCCCCAGGCUGAUCACACGCUGGAGAACUUCCUGGCCUGGCGGAAGAAGGAUCUGGUGGGGCGGCACGCCCACGACAAUGCGCAGCUCAUCACGGGGGUCGACUUCUCUGGCACCACCGUGGGCCUGGCCAAGGUGGCCUCCAUGUGCUCCCAGGCCUCAGCAGCCGUGAACCAGGACCACAGCCAGAACCCUGUUGGCGUGGCAUCCACCAUGGCCCACGAGAUGGGCCACAACCUGGGCAUGGACCAUGACGAGAACGUCCACGGGUGCUACUGCCCAGUGCCCCGGGACAGCGGUGGCUGCGUGAUGGCGGCCAGCAUCGGCCUCAAGUUCCCCAGAAUGUUCAGUCAGUGCAGCCGUGCAGACCUGGAGACGUUCGUGGAAAAUCCCCAGACAGACUGCCUGCUGGGCACGCUGGACCCCCACCGGCUGGUCAGCGACCCGGUGUGCGGUAACAAGUUCCUGGAGCGCGGGGAGCAGUGUGACUGCGGCUCAGUCCAGGAGUGCCAGGACCCCUGCUGCAAUGCCUCCUCCUGCCGGCUGACCGAGGGGGCUGCGUGUGCUCAGGGUGCCUGCUGUCACAAGUGCCAGGUGAAGCCGGCUGGAGAGUUGUGCCGUGCCCCCAAGGAUGUGUGUGACCUUGGGGAGUACUGUGAUGGCCGGCAGCCCGAGUGCCCAGAGGACGUCUUCCAGGAGAACGGCACGCCCUGCCUGGGGGGCUACUGCCACAAUGGGGUCUGUCCCACACUGAACCAGCGCUGCAGUGACCUGUGGGGGCCAGGUAUGCGGGCUGCUACAGAGACCUGCUUCUCCUACAGUCUCUCGCGGGGCUGCCAGGGCCUGCACCUCAGCCAGGUUGACCCGUGUGGCAUCCUGUAUUGCCAAGGGGCACAGAAGCCCCUGCAGCGGAGCUACUGUACCAUCACCCUCUCCUUUGGCCACUGCCAGGCACUCGUCACGGAGGACGGUGGUGCCUACGAGACUGUGCCAGUGGGCACCAGGUGUGGUGAGGGCAAGGUUUGCUGGGAAGGACGCUGCCAGGGUCUCCACGUUUACAGAUAUGAAAACUGCUCCGCCAAGUGCAACGGCCAUGGGGUGUGCAACCACAAGAGCAAAUGCCACUGCCACCCAGGCUGGGCCCCACCAGACUGCGCCAAGCCCGUGUCUGACGUGCAUACAGCAUCUGGGAACCUGCCCAUGGGAGUCCUGGUGAGUGUGGUGCUGCUGGUGGUCGUGUUGCUCCUUGUGGUAGGUGUCAUCUUCUACCGCAAGGCCUGGGGCCACGGUCGCAAGAGGAACACAGCCCCCAAGACCUCCACGGGGCUCACGAACCCCAUGUUCCACGAGAAGGGCAGCACUGCUGCCCUAGGAAGGAGCAGUGCUGCGGCCCCCACUGCCGGCCCCCCCGAGGCAGUCUCGAGCACCCACUCCCACCAGCCCCCUAGACCCCUGGUGUCCACGGAGACCCCGAAGUGGCCACGUCCUGUUCCCCCCGCCGCCAUGUCCAGGCCCCGCUUCCCGGUUCCGGUGUACACACAACAGGCGCCGGAGCAGCAGCUCAGGCCUUCCCCACCCAACAAGCCCCUCCCGGAGCUGAAGCCCAAGCAGGUCAUCAGGCCAACUGCUGCACCCCCAAAGCCACCUGCCAAGCCCAGUGCUGAAGGGUCCACUCCCUUCCAGGCCAUGAAGCCAACCGCUGCACCCCCAGCACCAUCCACCAAGCUCAAGCCUGCUCUGACUCAGGGGGUUGGUGCAAAGGUUGCCCUGAAGCCCCCCGUCCAGAGGAGGUGACGGGUCCAGGAGUUCGUGAAGCACUGUGGCGUGUAUCUGUGAACCUGUCUGGAAGUUGCCUGUUGUUCAUGUUGAAAAACUGUGAGCCUUGUCACCAGCACGCCCCUGGCGCACGCCCCUGCGUGGGUUGGCAGCUCCCAGCAAGCUCGGACUCCACAGCCAGGGCCCAGGUGUGUGCCCACCUUAGAGGGCUGUGGUUUCUUUUGAGAGCCACACUGCCCAUGGCCAAGGCUGCUCUCCUCACCCCAGAGACACUGCAGUGGCUGUGGUCACCACCAAGAGGCUCUCAGCUCAGGAUUUGGUGGCUGGGCCUUGGGCGGCUGGUUCCUGACCUCAGAACACCUUCACCUAAGAGGCCAGACAGCCCCUCAUGGCCAGUCCCUCCUCACCAGUGCCGGCCACAUUCAGCCCAGUGUGUCUGAGGUUGCCAGGUGGGGAUGAGCAUCAUCUGUUGUUUGGGACGUGUGUUUGUGUCCAGACAGCCUUCCUCGGAGGCACAGAACACAUCCUUCCUCCAGCCCUCGCCACACCUGCUCUCAGGUCUUCGAACACUUUCUACUUCCAGGCAGAAGGGCCGACCCCUGGCAUGUGUUUACAUUGUACAUCAUCAGAAAAGGGCCCCUGGCUAGACCGCACCCCACCCGCCCCCUGCCCCAAGGUGGGACAGCACUGAGGGUUUUUGCUUUUUAAGAGGUUGUCCAUGAGCACUGUAUCUACACCCUGAGCCUGCUUUCCCAUGAGAUUUAAGAAGGAAAAGCUCCAGUGUUUGUUUUCUAUUUUUUGGCUUAGGAGUCACCACCUUUAUCUAAAGGGCCAAGCUGGGGAGGCAACUGCCUUGUCUGGUUCUCUUCAAACCUGAGGUGCACGUUCAGCAGCGCUGAGGCUUUUUAUACUUUAAUAAUGAAAAAGCUGUAUUUAUGAUUAAAUUAUUGACCAAAUUUUAAUGUCUAGAGAUUUUUAUUAGAUCAGUGGGGAAGGGUACAUAUUACACAAUGGGGAAUUCAAUUAUUUUUAUACUAUUUAAGGGUUUAAUGCUUGCUGAAAUAAAAUGUAUACUGUAACUAUAUAAUGUCAAACUAUCUUUUUGCUCCUUUCUCCACCUUAAUUAAACAACCCCAGUUCAGAUGGACGGGAGGGCUAGUAAGACUCAAAGAACUGGCACC